UGUUUGAUGCAUUGUUUACGCGAGAUGGUCUAGGCAUACAUGCAUGUUCAACGUUUGGUCUGCAUCGUGGGUAUCAGCACCGUGAUGAUCAUUGUCUUCUUCGCUUGUGUCAUCCGGAACCCUAAGCUUCCAGAUACGCAGUCCAUGGCUAUGCCAAGGAGUUUGAAACGGAGAGUUUCAUUCCUCUCGAUCUCGAAAGGUAUAUUAAGGCUCGACCAGAGGUGACAGCGAAUGCAUUCACUAUCAGGAGGCGUGAUAGAUAGCAAAGGAAAUAAGAACAGCGUCAAGCUAGACCUUUUGUAGACAAUAGAACGAUCUAUUAUUAAAGCAAGCUCGCCCGUGAGAUCUGUGGUGC